AUGGCAGAACAAUUGAGGAACACAUUUCUACAAGCUAGAAAGGAGAACAAAAAUGUUUUGGUUACAUUUAUUACUUGUGGAUUCCCAAGUGUGGAUGAAACAAUUGAUAUCAUGAAAGGACUCCAAGCUGGAGGAGCUGGAGUUAUUGAGUUGGGUGUUCCUUUCUCUGAUGCAGUUGCAGAUGGUCCUACCAUUUGCAAAGGUAAUGAAGUGGCUCUAAAAAACAAUGUUAGUUUGACCGUUGUCUUUGAUACCGUAAAGCGUGCUCGCGAAGCUGGCGUUACCAUUCCUAUCCUUUUAAUGGGUUAUUACAAUCCAGUUUACUCUUACGGUGAUAAGAAUACCAUACAAAAGUCGAAGGAAGUUGGUGCUAACGGCUUCAUUAUUGUUGACUUGCCUCCUGAGGAAGCUGUUGGAUUUCGAGCCGAAUGCAGUAAAGAAGGGCUUAGUUUUAUCCCUCUUGUAGCCCCCUCUACUACUGACAAUCGUUUGAGGAUUUUAGCUUCUAUCGCCGACUCUUUCAUCUACGUCGUCUCCCGCAUGGGUAGCACUGGUUCUUCUGCUAGUGGUCAAAUCAACAGUGCCUUACCGGAGUUUUGCGAUCGUAUUCGUAAAUACGCUGGAAAUACCCCGUUGGCUGUUGGAUUUGGUGUCAACACCAAUGAGCAUUUUAGAUAUGUUGGUAGCGUCGCUGAUGGUGUCGUCAUUGGCAGUAAAAUCAUUGAUGUGAUUUUCAAGGCUGAACCCGGUAAGGCUGCUAAUGAUGUUAAGGAAUACUGUCAAUAUUUGACCCAAAGUGAUACUUCUGCUCCUCCUGCUAAACGUUUUGCAUCUGAUACCGCCGUGAAUACCGCCCCUCCUGCCGCAAUUAUUGAACCUGCAAAUGAAAUGUACCUCCCCCAAACGUUCGGCUCUUUUGGAGGUAUGUUUGUACCAGAAGCUUUAACCCAAUGUUUGGUUGAGCUUGAAAGCGCCUUCUACAAAGCCAUAAAUGAUGAGAAGUUUUGGGAAGAGUUCCGUUCUUACUAUGACUAUAUGGGUCGCCCCAGUGCUCUCGAUUAUGCUAAGCGUCUUACAGAAUAUUGCGGCGGUGCUAACAUUUGGCUGAAGCGUGAAGAUUUGAACCAUGGUGGUUCUCACAAGAUCAAUAAUUCCAUUGGUCAAAUUUUAAUUGCCAAGCGUCUCGGCAAAAACCGUGUAAUCGCUGAAACAGGUGCAGGGCAACACGGUGUUGCUACUGCCAUCGCCGCUGCUAAGUUAGGCAUGAAGUGCACAAUUUAUAUGGGAGCUGAAGAUUGCCGCCGUCAAUCUCUUAAUGUUUUCCGUAUUCGCUUAUUAGGUGCAGAUGUUAUUCCUGUCACUUCUGGUACUAAAACUCUUCGUGAUGCCGUAAAUGAAGCUUUAAGAGCUUGGGUUGCGGAAAUUGACACUACUCACUAUUUGAUUGGAUCCGCUAUUGGACCCCAUCCCUUCCCUACUAUUGUUAAAACAUUCCAAAGUGUAAUUGGUAAGGAGACAAAGGCUCAAAUGCAGGAAAAGCGUGGCAAGCUCCCUGAUGCCGUCGUGGCUUGUGUCGGUGGUGGAUCCAACUCAAUUGGUCUAUUUUCCCCUUUCAAGGAAGACAAGUCUGUACAGCUCUUGGGUUGUGAGGCUGGUGGUUCUGGUAUCGGAACUGACAAGCAUAGUGCGACAUUGUCCAGGGGCAAAAUUGGUGUAUUCCAUGGUGUACGUACUUAUGUUUUGCAACGCGAAGAUGGACAAAUUCAAGAUACCCAUUCUAUUUCUGCUGGUUUGGACUAUCCCGCCGUUGGUCCUGAAUUGUCUGAGCUAAAAGAAACUCAGCGUGGCAAUUUCAUUGCAGUUACUGAUGCUGAAUGUCUUGAAGGCUUCCGUGCUCUAUGUCAUUACGAAGGUAUUGUUCCCGCUUUGGAAUCUUCUCAUGCUAUUUUUGGUGGUAUGGAAUUGGCAAAGACUCUUUCCAAAGACAAGGACAUCGUAAUUUGUGUUUCUGGUCGUGGUGACAAAGACGUUCAAAGCGUUGCUGAGCAAUUGCCUAUCUUGGGACCUCAAAUUGGAUGGGAUCUUCGCUUUUAA